AUGGUCACUGGUACUAAGUUCCCAUUACAUGAGGCAUGUCGCGAAGGCGAUUUUUCCAAAGUCAGAGAACUCGUGGAAGAAGAUCCCAAGGCUGUUCUUGCCAAAGAUCUCGAUUCCAGGUAUCCUAUUCAUUGGGCAGUUUCGUACCAGCACGAAGCUAUAGUCGAAUUUUUGCUAUCUUUUAUGCAGAAAAGCGACUUGGACAACCUUGUCGAUGAUUCCGGCUGGUCCGUUUUGCAUAUUGCAAGCUCUGUGGGUAACUUGAACAUCCUUAUGAAAUUAAUCAAUCACACCAUCAAACCUGAUGUGAAUCUGGCUACGACCCAAGGAACGACCCCGCUAGAUCUGGCUUGCUCCAAAAAACAGGUUCAGAUUGUCGAAGCACUUCUGAAAGAUGGCGCUUCGAUAAGACAUAAGGAUUCCAGAAACCAAUUGGCCCUCCAUAGAGCUGCUAGCGUCGGAUCUAUGCCCAUCGUGGAAAUUCUCUGCGAAAACAGGUCACCCGUUAACACCAAAGAUACCCACGGGUGGACACCUCUUUUUCACGCUCUGUCAGAAGGCCAUGGCGAUAUUGCAGUGGUUUUGGUUCAGAAAUAUGCGGCUGAAUAUAAGAAUCUGGAGGAUGUCAACGGCAGAUCAGCGCUACAAGUAGUUGCAGAUGAUAAAGUGAAAUCGUUUUUUCUCCAAAACGUUGAAUGA